AUGCCGCUACCGGAGAUUAUAAAGAGAGCGUCCAGCUAUUUUCUAGGUUUAGAAUUUGACGACAACGAUGAUCCCCCUGAUUACGUCGACAAUGAAAUAUUGUUUUGUAAAAACAAUGUUUGUGUUCACCCGCCGACGAUUGCGAGACACGAGUUGGAUAUUGUGCAUCACCCUGGAUACCUUACAGUGACCACUAAAGUGUUUACUGACCAGCACAACAACGCAAAACGGCCCACGUUAUUUCUCAACUGGAUACCAAAUUCCACGCUGAAGAAAUGCCCGUCAGCUGUCGAAGGCAGUCCAAGCGACGAGUUCGGUUUUACAAACAAACCGACAAAUCCUAAAGAUAUACCUAUUCAAAAAUCUAAUAUUAAAAUCGCUAAAAUCGAUUUCAAUAAUGAAAAUGCAUUUUCGGAUUCUUCGGAAACCACAAGCCUUAACUCAAAUUUCGAUAAACAAAGCAUUAAAUCGACUGACACGUACACCCAAAACGAUACAACACAGGAAGAGCUAUCAUCCAGCUCGAAGCCAACUGUAAAAUCAACCGACACCAACAAAGACGUUUAUACACGCCUGGAGAAAGAUGAAUCGAAGGAUCAAAUAUUUGACUUCGAACGCCACGUAAGAUCGCAAUCAAUGACAUCUGUUAACAUUACAAUUGCUAAUCCGAACGUGGAGAAUAUUGAUUUGACCCCGGACUCCCUGUCAAGCGACAGGUUCAUUAGGUCACUAUCACUGAGCUCGUGCGACGAAGGAAAUCCCAAUUGGAUGAGUACACCAGAGUUUUUAGCUCUGAAACAUAAUUUGGUUUUCCCUGAUAGUGUACAUAGUUCACCUGUGCCACAACGACGGGCUCCGAUGAAAUGUCGAAGGUUCUCGGUGGACCUGAGCCAGAUGCGGUCAUUACGGUUGUUCUUCAACGACGACAGCUGCACUUGUGGACAGCUGGUGGUGGCAUCGCGGGAAUCGCAGUAUAAGAUCCUGCAUUUUCACCACGGCGGCCUCGACCACCUGGCGCAAGUGUUGCAUCGGUGGCAUUCUCUGUUGCAUAACAUUAAAUUAACACCAGGAUCUGAAGAGCCUAAUUUACCUUACCGCCAUUUCAUGGUAUGCCGCCCAGAAGUACAAAAAUCCGAACAACACCCAGAAGAAGGAAAGUUACCUAAAAUAACUCCAGAAUUAUUCUACGGAAAGAUAAUGAACGGAAAAGGUGUAAUAGAAGACGACCUGUUUCUGAGGAAAUGCGUAUUCUUUGGAGGCUUAGACAAGGAGUUGCGGCGAGAAGUGUGGCCUUUUCUUCUCCAUUGCUAUCCAUACAAUUCCACAUACGACGAGAGAGAAAUAAUCCUUCAGAUACGAACAAGGGAAUAUGAGGAAAUAACGAGAAGAAGGUUGGAGAAGAUGACGCCAGAACAGCAUGCAGUGUUCAGGAAAUCAAUACAAUGUGUUAUAGAAAAAGACGUAGUUAGAACUGACAGAGGGAAUCCAUUCUUUGCCGGAGAAAACAAUUAUAACAUAGAAAUAAUGAAGAAUAUUUUGUUGAAUUACGCCGUUUACAAUCCGGUGCUGGGCUACACACAAGGCAUGAGCGACCUCCUAGCGCCCGUGUUGUGUGAAAUCAAAUGUGAGGCGGAAGCAUUCUGGUGCUUCGUGGGGCUCAUGCAGCGCGCAAUUUUCGUCUGCACACCCACUGAUAAUGACAUGGAUAACAAUCUAAGUUAUUUACGCGAGCUUAUUAGAAUAAUGUUGCCACAUUUCUACAAGCACCUGGAAAAGCACGUCGACGCUAUGGAGUUGCUGUUCUGUCACCGUUGGAUAUUAUUGUGCUUCAAACGCGAGUUCACGGAGGCGGUGGCGCUGCGCAUGUGGGAGGCGUGCUGGGCCAACUACCAGACGGAUUAUUUCCACUUGUUUCUUUGUCUCGCCAUCAUCGCAGUGUACGCCGAUGACGUUAUCGCGCAGGACCUUAACACCGACGAAAUGCUCCUGCAUUUUAGUUCCUUAGCGAUGUACAUGGACGGGCGCCUGAUCCUGCGCAAGGCGCGCGGGCUUCUGUACCAGUUCCGGCAGCUGGUGCGCGUGCCGUGCACGCUGGCCGCCAUGUGCCAGCGCUGCGGGCCCGGCAUCUGGGACUCCACGCACAGGCCCAGCGUCGAGUGCACCGGCGCGCACCACUGCUGUCUCUACUCCUCGGAUUAA